AUGUUACGACUUGAACCGCCUGCUUCAACGCUCAUGGCUGAACAAGGACAGUGUCUGUGUCUUGAGAGGAACACAGAGAUGGAGGCAAAACUCCGAAUAUUGAUUGAUGACCAAAUUGAGAAGUUGAUCCUUCCAUCAGGCAUCCCAUCCACUGUGGAGGAGCUGCAAACUGUUGUGAAGGAGACUUUUAGUGUAUCUGACGAGUUCAGUCUUCAAUAUCUUGACCCAGAAUUCAAGGAUUUCUUUACUCUCAGAAGAACGGACCAAAUCAAACACAAGGACACAAUAAGGGUGGUCAACUCGUCUUCGGUCAUUCUCAACUUGUUUCCAGUUGAUGAAAGUUUAAGCAGUUCCUUUGGCCAGACGACUACUGACUGUGAUUCUGCAUCACUUGCAGAGUCAUUUACUGGAUCGUCUUCAUCACAGGACACUCUUAUCUUGCAGAGGCACAGUAACACAGAACGAUAUCAGCCAUGGCCAAAAAUGUUUCCCAUUCCCCAAUUUGCUUAUGAAACUGAAAUGUACAUCACAAGAGCCAUGGAAGAAUUCAAGAAGAGCGGAACUCUCCUGACUAUCUCAAAAAUCAAGGCAGAUGUACUUGAGAAGCUAGCUGAAAAUAUAUAUACAUAUACUGCCUAUCCAUCCAGUGCUCAAAUAAGCGAUGUUGCUGAGGCUCUCGUCACAAAAUUUCCAUGUCUCAAGGAACCUGGCUCGUACUCUGGAUUCUACGGCUGGCAACAAAGCAUAAAAUACAAGAUGGCCAAUUAUCGCACCAAACUUCGUGGCUAUGGUGUUCCUGAGGUUUUAUGCAAUGCACUGAAACGCAAGAGCUCUGCUGACCAGAGGUCAGCUAAAAAUGUGAAAAAGCCUCGAAAGGCUGAGAUCAACUACCUCCCUCCUUACCCAGCAGGUGAGGAUGAAAACAGUCAAGAACAAGUGAGGAUUCAGUUGCUCAGUGAAGUCAUGAAGAGGGACAACAACAAGAUAAUUAAAGAAAAAAUGGCAAAGACAUUUGCCCACAGAAGAAAUGAAAUCAUCAACUGUUCACCAUGCAUUGAAGACAUCAAAGCCAGAUGGCCAGCUCUUUUUGAGCCAUCUCAUCUUCAGGAUGAGUUUCUUAAGAUCACGAUGGUCAGCCUUGAAUCCCAGUUCAUGUUCAAGCUUGAUGAAUACACUCCCAGACUGCUGAAAAUCUUCCACUCCAAGGGCGGAAGUAUGGGUUUGAAGUUACGGUCCAUCCUACUCAAGGAUUUGGAAAAUAUCUAA